AUACUCCACCACACCCGCAGUGCAGCUCGUAUGCACAGAGUGUCUGGUGCUCACUCAACCCGCUCAAGCUGCCUUGCCGAUGCACUUGCUACUGCAAGCGAUGUCUUGUGAUGCGAGGCAUAGCUUCUCCGGCUGUCGAUGGUUGACUCCGCAGGAGUUGAGGGGUAGAGAUGGUGUAACGGUGUGUUGAGCCGAGCGUUAUAAGUAGCUGAGAGACGUGGUGAGUGUUCCAUUGUACCUUGUUCAAGUGUUACAAGUUCCAAGAGAGGGAAGUGAGAAGUCUCAAGAUGCAGGCGUUAUUCGUUCUCGCCGCUCUCUUGAGCGCAUUGGCUUAUGCUAGCCCGCAAGCACCACCUCACUACCCUCCUCACUGGAACCCUUGGCCCGCGGACACUUGGCCAUCGUGGGCUCCUUCCCCAUCCUCGCCUUCUCCCUCUACUGCAUCGACUUUGCCGACCGCAUCCAAAGCAUCUACAGUAUCUUCCGCCUCUGCCGCUCCUGCUUCCUCGUCUACAUCUACCGCUGGAGGCGCCCCCGCGGUCACACUCAAGAAUGGCACGGUCUCUGGUUUGCACUCAAGCACAUACAACCAGGACUUCUUCCUCGGUGUUCCAUUCGCUCAGCCUCCCGUGGGCGAGCUGCGCUUCACCGUGCCGCAGUCUCUCAACACGACGCUGAGCAGCAUUUAUCAAGCCACGCAGUAUGCGCCUGAGUGCGUAGGUUAUGGCGGAGACGACAUCGGGUACCCUACGUCAGAGGACUGCUUGUACCUGAAUGUUAUUCGUCCGUCUGGCUAUUCCGGCCAGGCACUUCCGGUUGGCGUAUGGAUUCAUGGUGGAGGUCUGUACAUGGGCGGCACCAUCGACCAGCGCUACAACCUCUCGUUCAUAGUGCAGAAUUCGGUGGCUAUUGGCAAGCCCAUCAUCGGUGUCUCUAUUGGGUACCGCCUCAGCGCAUGGGGCUUCUUGGCUUCCAAAGAAGUUAGAGGUAGCGGCAAUACCAAUCUCGGUCUACGCGAUCAACGUCUUGCGCUCCACUGGCUGCAGGAGAACAUUGGUGCUUUCGGCGGAGACCCAACGAAAGUGACUAUAUGGGGUGAAUCCGCUGGCGCCCUUUCCGUCGGCUUCCAGCUCACGGCCUACAACGGCCGCGACGACAAGCUCUUCCGAGCCGGCAUCAUGGAGUCCGGCAACCCAGUCAACUACAACUCCUUCCUCGAUGUCGACACCUACCAGCCCCUCUACAACGCCAUGGUAAACGCCACCGGCUGCUCGGCGGCGGUUGAUACUCUUGACUGUCUUCGCCAAGUCCCCUUCGCCACUCUCAACGGCUUCCUUAACACAACGCAGUAUGCAAACGCUUUCUCCAGGCCAAUCGUCGACGGGGACUUUGUGGCCCGCUUUCAGAGCAUUCAACUCAAAGAAGGCGCCUUCGUCAAGGUACCAAUCAUUGAUGGCGCGAAUACGGACGAGGGUACCGCGUUCGGCCAGACAGGGAUCAACAACACCGCGGACUUCAUCACCCGGGCCACAAGUAACACUAGCCAGGCUUACUUGCCGGCAGCGCUCGGCCCUACCAUCGCCAACUUGUAUCCCAACGAAUGCGACUACUGGGACCCGCCUCCAUCUGAACUAUCGUGCGACUUCACGUACCCUGCUUCAUACGGAGCUCAGUACCGCCGCAGUGCCGCUUACUUCGGCGACGUGGUGAUGGUAGCCAACCGCCGCGGAGCCUGUCAGGCCUGGACCCGCAAUGGCGUGCCAGCCUACUGCUACCGCUUCAACACCCGCCCCGCCGGUCUCCCAGUCACAGCAGGCGUAACCCACUUCCAAGAAGUCGCUUUCGUCUUCGACAACAUCAACGGGUACGGCUACAAUGCCGCUCACGGCACCAUCAACCCUUUCACAAACGUUUCGUCGCUGUACAUCGACCUGGCGAAGCUGAUGAGUAACUCGUGGGCGAGCUUCAUCUACGACCAGAACCCGAACAACUAUACAGGCAGACCGGCGCAGACGCCUGCUUGGCCGGUGUACGAUAACAGCAACCCGCAAGACAUUGUGUGGGAUGGGAACGUGACGAGUUUGGCGUACCCGGAGCCGGAUACGUUCCGGCAGGCGGGCAUUCAGUGGAUCAUUGAUAAUGCCAUUGCGUAUAAUAGGUAAGGUUGAGCCCGGAAGCAGAGUCUGGGAGGUCGCAUGAAGCUUGUCACGAUGUAGCAAGCCACAGGUGGUCGGAAAUGGGAGUUGGUAGGAUGAUGGGGGCCGUGGUGAAUCUGGCAGUUCGACAACGCAGCGCUUCAAGCGGCUGCUCGAGCGGCGCCUACUUCCAGUCACGACUAGUAAAAGAUCUCGAUGUGGCUCUUGUCUGCCAUGGUUCGGCCAUAUGUUGGGGAAGCAUGCGUCGAGCUCAAGCCGUAGCGCAGACAGCCGUGAAACGAGCCUAUGAAUGCCACGCAUGGUUACGUGCUGGUGUGCUUUGCAUUGCUUAGUGUUGCACACUUCGAUGAGAUGAUGCUGCUUGUGGCCGAGAAAUGGCUCUAGGUAGAUGGACAUAUUGUACCAUGGUCCAAAUCCUCUCUCCUUUCGAUCCGACGUCCAUCGAAGCCCGCAUGCCAAGGGUAUCGGCGUAUACUCUCCAGCAAUCAAAGGAGUC